UGUCUGGACAAAUGUUAGAAUUACCAUACCCAUACCCAUAUCCACGCCUGUACCCAUAUUCACGCCUGUACCCAUAUUCGUCCGAGCAGGCAACAGAAUACAAUACAUAACACUGACGCUCAAAUCUCCGGCCACCGAAUCAUCAUGGAUUCAAACACAGUCGAUCCACAAGUCCCCGUUGCCACCGAUCCUCUCUCGGACCAAUUCACCUCUCUGAACGACCUAGCACACGAGCUCGCAUCUCUCCAAGACCUAGCCACCAGAGGCAGUUGGCGAUCAAUCCUCGACAAAGUCACGCGUGCUCGCUCGCUCUCUCUCCUCAACACUCCUCACGACCACCUCACUUACCUCGCUUACAACGUCCUCGCUCUCUCUAAGCUACGCCGUUUCAAGGACGCUCUCACAGAGCUUGAUUCCCUUGACGAUUUCGACUCACACCAUUACUUUUACCAAACCUACCCUAAAAUCUACCCCAACCGGUCCGGUUCCAUGGUUCCUUUCUGUCUCCGGUGGUUACACGCGCUUAUUCCUUUGAAAUUAGGUAAUCGACAAGAUGGAUUGGAUAGGUUUUAUUUGUUGCUUGAUUUUGUUCGUGAAAAGGUAAAGGUUAAAAAACAAGAAAAUGACGUGGCGGUUAAAAUGUGGAGAAAAAGAGAGGUUUUUGUUAUGAAUGGAAUAAUUACCGAGCAUUUAAAGAAUAAAGAAUUUAGUGUUUGUUUAGGUUUGAUUAAUGAUUUAAUUUCUCAUAGUGGUGGUAAUUUAGAUCCUGUUUUGUUGUCAAAAUUAGGGCAUAUUCAGAUGCAAAUUGGUGAUUUAGAAGGAGCAAAAAUGUCAUUUGAUAACGUUGAGAAAUUGUUCAAUGAGAGAAAUGUUGAUGGUGAUGAGUUGUUGAGUGAGAUUGAGUUUAGGAAUUUGAUUAAUAGAAAUAAAGCAUUAGUGUAUUUAGUAGGGAAAGAUUAUGUGUCUGCGGUUAGAGAGUAUGAGGAGUGUAUUGAGAGAGAUGCGACGGAUGUUGUGGCCAUUAAUAAUAAAGCUUUAUGUUUGAUGUAUUUGAGGGAUCUAUCGGAUUCGAUUAAGGUUUUGGAGAAUUCACUCGAGAGAGUGCCUACCGUUGCUUUGAAUGAGACGCUUGUUGUGAAUUUGUGUAGUAUGUAUGAAUUGGCUUAUGUUAAUCACUCUGAUAUUAAGCGCACCCUCAGUAACUGGAUUUCUCGCGUUGCUCCCGAUGAUUUUGAUUCUUCUUGUACCAGGAUUUGAGUGCAGGUGACAGAUCAAGAAAAAUGCUGCCAAUUUACUCGAAAGUAUGUCAUAUCAUGCAACUUGGAUUGCUUUUUGUAUGUCAUCGCAUAGGCACAUUAUAUCAAAAGUGGCUUUGUUUCAAUUCCGAAAUCAAAAUUUCAUUAAAUCAGUUAUGUUUUUCA